AUGCCUGCGCCUCAUAAACACGAGCCGCCAGUAUCACGCUUUAGCGCGGGCGGAGCAAUAUCCACAGGCGGCGUUAUCAAAUCCUUGUGGUUGUUAAUCUACUACUACUACUACUACUACUACUACUACUACUACUACUACUACUACUACUACUACUACUACUACUACUACUACUACUACUACUACUACUACUACUACUACUACUACUACUACUACUACUACUACUACUACUACUACUACUACUACUACUACUACUACCACCACCACCACCACCACCACCACCACCACCAGCGUGUGUUCCACAGCAAGGUGACUUAUGCGUGA